AUGCUUCAGCUCCUUGAACUACGAAGUCUUGGUAGCUUGGGAGUUCUCCCUGGACGCGUUUGGCGUGAUGUCAAGGAUGAGAUGAUCCGCGAAUACGGAGGUGCCGAGACGCGGCAACCGGUGGUGAUGCCUUUCGAGCGAUCGAGACUGAGCAAGUCCGACGCAUAA